GUUCCUUCUACGAAGUACAUACUACUAGUAGUAUUACCUAUACACUUCAUACAGGUAUAUGAGUUGGUAAUCAUUUCUUUCGAACCCAAACAUUUACCUUGGCCGCUUUACUUCCUUCUGAUGUAAAAGAAAGCAACAAUUAAACAAUCCAUUUUCCUUUUUGUCCAAAUACCACACAUAACAUUCUCUAACUCGUUGACCGAUUUAUCGCCCUUUGCGCCCCUCUCGGCGUUAUCACCCCGCCUCUACAACUCACCAUUCAACAUUCAGCCCACCAACCCACCAGUCCACCAGUCCACCCCGAGCCGAAAUCACUAGACCCGAAAGUCUUCGCAUUGCACCGCGCGAAUACAUAUCAAACCUACGGCCCAUAGAGAUACUACUGGAUUACGCAAAUAGCUUCAGCCCACCCACCUCCGAGAGGACUCAAGCUCUAGGUCUUGGAGAGAGACUGGAGCCCGUUGACCCCUUAGGUAUCAUCACCAACCGAUCAGACCUAUAAUAUCCAGUAUGCCGCCGCUAUCUACCGCUCAUAAGGCGGCAGUUACUAGCUUCGUCUCUAUUACAGGAUCAAAUGAUAGGAUUGCUCAGAGGUAUUUGAAGAACACCGGAUAUAGAUUAAACGAAGCCAUCGAUGUAUACUUCCAGACGAAUAGCAAUACUUCGGCGAACACAAUCAGAGACACCCAAUUAGCGAAACUAUUCGAUAGCCUUCGCAAUGCUCAGGAGGAUCCCCCAGACGCACUCGGCGCGGACUCAUCCAUGUUAUAUUUACAGUCUAUCGGUGUUGAUCUUGAGGGAGCAUCGCUGUUCCUUGCUAUGGAACUUGUGCAAGCUCCUACCAUAGGCGAAAUAACUAGGGAGGGUUUUGUCAAGGGCUGGAAAAAUGCAGGAGUGGUGGAGCCUCGAAUCGACGCGCAAAGAAACCACUUCAAGCAACUUACCAACGAAUUGUCAAGCAAUCCGAGUCUAUUCCGAAAGGUCUACCGCUAUGCCUUUGUGGUCGGGAGAGAAGGAGAUCAGCGAGCCCUAUCUCUAGACAAUGCAAUCCUUUACUGGGAAAUGUUAUUCAAGAAACCAGGUCAGGUCUGGGUCGGCAGCACGGGACGUAUCGACUGGUUAUCCGAGUGGAUUGCCUUCUUGCGAGAGAAGUGGACUCGUUCAGUCAGUCGCGACAUGUGGAAUCAGACACUAGAAUUCGCAUUCAAGAGCAUAGAAGACGAGACUUUAGGAUUUUGGAGUCAGGACGGAGCAUGGCCAGGAGUCAUCGACGACUUUGUCGCGUGGUAUAAGCACAAGUCAGAAAUGGACGUCGACGCUUAGCAAGCUAGGCCUCGGUCGCCCUCGCCCUCGCCUAAUGCUAAAAGAAGUCGCAUUAGCGUAACAUCUUUAAUGAAGGGAUUAGGAGAGAAAUAAAGGGGUAUAUUUCGCUGAACUUCUCAAAACUUGCAGAGAUUCGGGAGAUGCAGUGCGAAACGGGACGGCUAAUAGCUUCCAACGGAAAGAUGAUGAUUGCGGCCACUGCGCUGCCGCCGUCGCUAGCAAAAGAAGCAAAAUAACGAUGUGACGUUACAAUGACUUUGACUCCAAACGUCUAUAAACUUGAACUGAACUGCCUGGUCUACAGAUAUCACAGAAGAGAAUGGAGAUGAAAGAGGAAACAGGCAGGGAAUACAGAUAGGCAGAAAGAAAGAAAGAAAGGGGUUCCGUUACUAAAGGUAUUUGCAUAAUUAAGAUACCUCGUUCUUUUAAAUCAAGUGUUUCCAGCUGGAUAAUAUUUUAAGGCUUUGAAUGCGUGUUUACGUGGAUCAGUAUGUAUGGUGAUUUGUGGUGUGCAGGCCGUGAGAUAUCUAACUAUGUAACUACCUACACGAUAAAAGUUAUCCGGACGCAAAUGACAUGAGUCGAAGGAGAGAUGUUGACAUAGUAAGUACUGUUAGA